AGGACAUUCUGUGUGAAGCUGUUGGAUAAAGCAGUAACGUUUCCUGAGCUCUCCUGCCUAAUUUGUAUUAUUAGAGCCAGGGAAUCCACCCUCCAGGGCUGGAUGAACGUCUGUUACCACCAUGGCUUAUGCUGAAACUGCAGCAAUUGAGAUGCCAGCCCUGGGCCGCCCUCUCCGGCUGGGGAUGCUGUACGACUGCCGCAGCGACAAGCUCAUACCAGGUAUCACUUUAUGGAACACCGAUACCCUUAGCAAACAAGUGGGGAAAACGAUGCAGCACAAGACUGAAUUUCAGAUCAUUGCUUCUGACACCAUGGAAGCUAAGGCAUCUGCUCUCAGUCUCUCAGGAUCCCUGAAGGCGAGUUUCCUGGGGGGGCUGGUAGAAGUGAAUGGAUCUGCAGCAUAUUUAAAUGAUAUCAAGAAAUCCAAAAAUCAAGCCCGAGUUACUUUGCAAUAUUCAACAACAAUCAGGUUUGAGCAGCUGGCUAUAAGCCAUUCAGAGUGCCAGAAUAUCUCUUAUCCUGCUGUAUAUGACCAAAAUACAGCAACCCAUGUGGUCACAGCUGUACUGUACGGGGCUCAGGCUUUCUUUGUGUUUGAUCGGGAAGUUUCUUCAACUGAGAGUGUAGAAGAGAUACAGGGAAACAUGAAACUUAUGAUAGAAAAAUUACCAAACAUUUCGGGUGGAGGAAAAGGGUCUGUGAAAAAGGAGACCAAGAAAGAAGAAAAGGCUGAAAACUUCAGUUGCACUUUCUAUGGUGAUUUUGCUCUUGAAAAUAAUCCAGUUACUUAUCUAGAUGCCAUGGAAAUUUAUUCCACCCUCCCGAAGCUGCUGGGUGACAAUGGGGAGAUGGCUGUACCAGUGAGAGUCUGGCUGUACCCGCUGAAGCAACUGGAUUCCAGAGCUGCUCAGCUGGUACGUGAGAUCAGCAUAAAACUGAUCUUUGAUGCUCAAACUGCUUUGGAGCAACUGAUCGAAUUAGACAUGCGAUGCAAUGACAUGAUAAGGCCAAUUGCCACAAUCUUCCCUGAAAUAAAAAAGAAAAUCCAGCAAUUCAAAGACCUGUGUCAGCAACACAGACAGACUUUCCAGCAACAACUAGCAGGAAUCUUACCUGCGAUCCGUGGAGGUGGAGCAGAGGAAGGGGCCCUGGUGGAUAUUUUAAUAAGCAAAAAGCAAUCACCAUUCAAUACACAGAGACUCAAUGAAUUUCUGGAUACAAAGGAGCAAGAGAUGAAUUAUAUGGAUUCCUACCUUACUUUGCUACAUAAUGUGAAAGUUAUAUCCUCCAAGAGUGAACUAGAAAAAAUAGUACUCAGCCCGAAGCAUGAUUCUGUUGUCUCAUUUACACUCACUUCAUUACACAACAAAGAACCAUAUUUAUCAGAUUUGAACUUUUGGCUUCAAAGACAGUUUCUGGAGAAAAUUCAUGAUUCAGCAUCAGCCAGUUCUCCCUAUGAGAAAUCAAACUCCAAACAGUGGUUUGAGGAUGAAGAGAUAAGAAGAAAAGCACGAAAAUUUGCAAAGUCCUUCUUAGACUUUACCAAUGUUAAUAAAUCUCAAGAAAAGACCCAGUUCAUCGUGGCCUCUGUUCCAGACGAGGACAAUCCAGGAGCUUCAAUUUACCUGUAUGCCGAUGGAGAGCUGAUCAGCACCAACUUUGAGCCUCCAUCGAAACCUCUUCCUCCUCUGAUUGAUGAAAUCAGACACAACUGUGUGCAACUCACAUUUAAGCCAUCAGAGACUGGAAGGGCUGCAAUAUCCGGCUAUCGGGCAGAGUACAGAAUUGCAGGGCAGGAGAACUGGAUGGUUGUGGAUGCAAAUAACAAACAAGAGACAUUCACAGUGACAGGGCUCCAUGCAAACACCGAGUACCAGUUCCGAUACGCUGCAGUGAGUAAACCAGGGCUCAGCGAGAGC